AUGGCUGAGUUGGUGUUGGACAUCAAUAUUCGAGGUUGGGUCUUUUUACCAAUUGUACUGAUCACAUUCCUUGUCGGUGUCAUUCGGCAUUAUGUGUCAUUGUUAAUCACGUCUCAAAAAAAAGUUGAGCUGACGCAAGUACAGGAUAGUCAAGUGCUAAUUAGAUCACGCAUGUUACGUGAAAAUGGUCGAUACAUAUCUAAACAAGGAUUUUAUAUGCGCCGUCACUACUUUAACAAUGAGGAAAAUGGUUACUUUAAGACCCAAAAACGAGCAGCUCCUGCUCAAACAGCUAUGCCUGAUCCAAGUAUGAUGACUGAAAUGUUGAAAGGAAACGUAACCAACGUCUUGCCAAUGGUGGUCAUUGGUGGUUGGAUCAAUUGGAUGUUCUCUGGGUUUGUCACUACCAAAGUACCAUUUCCCUUAACCCUGCGUUUCAAACCAAUGUUACAAAGAGGUAUUGAAUUGGUUUCAUUGGAUGCAGCUUGGGUAUCAUCUGCUUCAUGGUAUUUUUUAAAUGUAUUUGGACUUCGGAGCAUUUAUGCACUAGUUUUGGGUGAAAAUAAUGCUGCAGAUCAGUCACGUUUGAUGCAAGAUCAAAUGUCCGGUGCUGCCAUGUCCAUGCCUAUGGAUCCAAAAGUAGCUUUUAAAGCAGAAUGGGAAGCAUUGGAAAUUAGCUCUCAUAAAUGGGCCCUUGCAGAUCUUGAUAAUGAAGUGCUUAAUGUAUUAUUGAAUAAAAGUAUUAAGUAA